UUUCAUAUGGUGUAAAUUAUGGUUUUUUUUUUAAAUGGUGGGCGCACACACGUUGACACGCGUCAUAUAAUUGUUUUCAAACUUUCAAGUUUUAUUUUGUAGAUAAAUAAGUGUGCGCGGCCAGCUAUGUUUUUCUCUGUUGAAUUCCAUAAUCGUAAUCUACUCUAUCGGAUAGAUAUUUGGUGAACAUGUCAUUAAAAACAUGUAUUUUUUAAGCUAUGAAGAAUCAGUACACACUCGAGAAAGUACGCCGAUGCUAUUCUAUCUUCUACAUAUUUGCUUUUUCACAUUCACCUUUUCCUUACCCUUCUCCUGCCACUGACAUAGAAAGGAGAGACGAAUAAACGACGCCAUAACACUUCCGUUUAUUUUCCUGUAAAGUUAUUAAAAUUCAUGUUUGAUGGUAUUCUUCGUCUUUUAAGAUGGCAAGAACAAACGUCAUGAGGAAGAUUCGAUUUGUUAAUUUCAACAAGUGAAACGACCACGAAGUCUAUGUCAGAGUUUAUGUUCAAGGGAGGUCACUCUGAUAUACUUGGCGCGGAAUUCAAGUAAAACAAACUUUUCAAUAAAAUUUCCAUCUUGAUUACAAACAAACCAGUAAUUAUUCAUCUGAGAUGGAAUCCCUUUUAAAAACAACUGAUUUGGGCAAAUCUGCUAUUGGACAACAGUUCCUGAACCUGUUCCUGAGUCAUUAUGACAGAGUCAAAUUUAUUCCCAAAGAUUCCUGCCCAAUACCACCAGCUCCUGAUGUACUAAAGACACUCCUUGAUAACAUUUGUUCUGUAAAGCUUUUAACAUUGCAAUUUGCUUGUCUUGAAAAUAUUUUUGAUAAAUACACUUGUCAUUACAAACUAGUUCUUCCUUUAAACAAAUCUGGAAAUAUAGAAUGUUCUAUAAAUUGUGUAUCUAAAAGCUAUGAUACCAGUCUAGAAUGUCUACCGUGUGAAGAUUUAAUUCUUUUUGGAUUUCUGUCUUCUCAAAACGAAACACCACUAUCAGAUAGAGGUCUUAUUUUCAACACACUUCAUCUGCAAGACUCAACUUCUCAAAUUCCUUGCCAUCUAAGCAUCUCUGGAUGCAACGAACUGCAUAGUCUGGUGGAUAAAUGGAUCUUGGUUACAAAUGUUAAUGUCAUUUAUACAUCUAAGAAAUCUGGAUACUUGGAGCUUGUAGGUGAACCAAUACUCCUUACUAGAUCUGCCAUCCUUCCAAAGCAAACUUUUGAUGUUCUUCUUGUUGAUGAUGCCCUCCUUUUGCUAUAUAACAGGGGCAAGUUUAAUGUGAGCAAUAUCUCUGUAACUGGCACCGUGUUUGCUGUUUCUGAGAUUGGAAAAAUCAAGAAAGACCUUGUAUUUUUUAUUGAACUCGUCAAAGGAAACAAGUCCAUUGUCAUUCUUGUGAAAAACCUACAUUUACACUGGCAACAACUUGUGUGUGUUGGAGAAAGUUAUGUAUUCACUUCAUUAAAGCCAACAAAUAUUGUAACAGCUAUGAACUCACUGACACCCCUGUAUGUUCCAACCAAGACCUCUCAGCUGCAUAUAACAAAUGAUUAUCAACUUUCAGUUUGUUUGUUAAAGGAAAUUUUACACGAAAAUCUACAGUCUGAGAAAUCUGUGAAGCUGAUGAAACCAACUUGUUCCAGACAUUCUGAUGCCAUUUCUUAUGAGGGUGAAAUAACAGGUUGUACAGCUGAUGGAGUUAUUAUUCUGGAAGACUCAAUUAGACUGUACUUGUUGUAUAAUUUGGCUUUUGUAAUUUACAAACCUUUUCGAGUUGGCACUGUACUCCAAGUUUCCAAUGUUCACCGAAAGUAUUUUGGCAAGGAAAACCAAGUGAGACUGUAUUGCUGUGCCAGAAGUUGUAUUAAAGUGUUGAAGUUUACUCAAAUGACUUCCAGUAUUUUGCCCUUAAGAACCUGUUUUAUCACUGUGAGGGCUAUUCUGAAAUUCAACCUUAGCCCUACUGAAAUAGACACUAUUCAAUCAAUGGAAGCUCAGUUUAACACAAUAUCUCUAUCUCUAUUCAAAAAAUCUUCAGAACAACGUGAAUUAGCUUGGGAAAGAAUUCUGUCUCAUGUCUUGAAGGCACGCAAAUGUGUAAAGUCACGACAGUUUGUACAAGAGUUUAUUGAAUAUGAGCAUUGUUGUCCAGCUUCUGCUAAGGAAGAUGUCAGCUGUGUACAAACCAUUCAUGUAAGGACUUUUGUUCCAUUGGACCUCAGAAAAGAAUUUGAAGCACUUGCUCAAGGAAUUCUUGCUGAUUUUGAAACGGAGAAGAAUAAAUUUUCAUCUUCAUUAUUGUCUUCAUGGAGGUUUAGGAGAAGAAAAUUCACAGAUAAAGUGCUUGUUGGUUAUUUAUCAUUAAACCCAGACACUGGCCAUCUUUGCUUCACUGACCAAUUCCACAGCAUCAAUGCGGUCUGCCAGUUUUGGACUUUCAAUCAAACAUCAUAUCAUCACCGUUGUUCCGGAAAUUGCGUAAUUAAGAGAAAUGAUGAAACGUUUAACUUCUCAUGUCCUUAUUUGCACACUUGGUGUCUAGGAAAAUUGAUUGCUCUGGACUGUUUCCAAUUAGUUUUGGAAGUAUUCAUAAAUAAUUCUACUGGCAUUAACAAAACUGAAACCACUUUGAGCUUAUUAGACAGCUCAAAAUUCAGACUGGUUAAAUAUCUGCAAUUUUCGUUGCAAGAUGCAGUCAUUAUGGAAGAUAUUUCUCGGCCAUCUUUUCAAUACUGGAGAAAAAUUUCUAAUAAAACUAACCAGCUUCAAGCAACUUUUUCAGAUUGUGAUCUUUGCACCUGUCAAGUUUAUUUAAUGACUUACAAAGAAUCUUUGAUGGAAAACCUGUUUCAUAAGAGAAAGGUAUCCUCAUUGCAAUUUAUGACCCAUGGAUAUUUCUUGGGAAAGCCAUUUACUCUGCCGGUUCGUUGUAUCUUUGAAGCGGCUACUAAAUUCCUGCAUACUAAAGACAGCAAAUCUACUCAAGUGAAGGAAAGUUCCCUUGAUGAUAAGAUCUCAGAAAGUCUGUUGGAUGCCAUACACUAUGAACAAACUGUCAUUUCCUUCCAAGACAAUGCCUCAAAAUGGUAUAAUACUAUGCAGACUGAAGGAAGCUGUUAUCUGCUGAUUUCAUAUGGAAACACUUCUCUGUCCACACCAUCUACAGUGUUCCAAUCUGUCUAUCCACUGGUUCUAAAUAAAAAUGUACACAAAUGCUAUGUCUGCUUGUCAAAGAACAUAUUGGUGCAGGAAAUUCCUCUUGCACACUUGAACUCUUAUUAUGAAGCCAAGCUUAACUGGUUACCAGAGCUAUUAAAGAAACCAUCCCUUAAGUAUGACACUAUUGUGAAACCACCUUGUCUCUAUACUGUGUCAGAUCUCCUUUGCUGUAGUGUCACUGAUACCAUAGUGAAUUUGUUGCCUGUUAUUAUUCUGACAUACGUUGAGUUGAAUGCUGAUGACAAACUCUCAAUGAACUCUUCAGAGGAUGCUACAGAAAAUAGUGAAUGUGAUCAGAAGGAAUUUAAUGCAAAGCUUGAUUUCUCCAGUUUUGUAAAUAAGAAAUUCAGGAUGACUGUGAAAGACACGGUGACAAAUUCUGAUGUUAAUAUUUAUUUGAAUUUUAAGAAUGUCCCAUACUGUGUUGGUCUUUUGCCUGGUACUGUGGUUGAAUUCCGUCAUCUCCAAAGAAAAGUUUCUAAGAAAGGCAAUGUCUAUUGUCAGUUCGUUGCCGUAUCAACAGUCCGGGUGUUAGCUGGUGGAAUUUCUGGUGGUCCAGACCCUACAUCAGGAUGCUCAUUCAAUGAAAUGGCUUUGAUGAAAGGCAACCAAACAACUCCGACACAAGACUACUGUACAUUUUUUGCCUUACUGAAAAACCACAAACGUUCACUUCCAUUUUGGAAUUUGGUCUUUGUGGCACAAGUUUUGAAUUUGUCUAUCAAGACUACAUGCACAGAAUGUGGCAGUAUUAGUUGCAAAAACCUCUGCACCAAUAUGAGCUGUAAAAAUAUUGCAUAUCAGUUGACUGUUAGAUCAAAGUUGUUGCUUGAUGAUGGAAGCUGUAUGGCAUAUGGCUUUGUAUGGCACAGUGAAUUACUUCAGAAAAUUCUUGGUUUGUCUUCUGGAGAAUGGAAUGAUUUGAUUCACGCUGUCUACACCUCUAAUGGCGAUAUCUGCCUGGAAACAAAGAAUUACAAUGAAAACCAGAUGCUGUUUCAAUCCAAUCAUAAUUCUUCCUGCUUGGAGCAAUUCCUCAGAUCCCUCUGUUUCAGCCCUGUGGUCAAGAAAGAAUGGUGGAUGGUUUUAGUGAAAAAGAACAUUGAUUGUAAAGACACUAUUCAAGAACGAAGAAUUGGAUUCCUUGAUAAAAUUAUCAACACACAGUGUAUGCCCUAUCAGUACAUGAAUAUAGAAUCAGUUUGUACAGAACCAACGUUUGAUAUCGGUGCCAAAAUGUUGUCAGAAAUAUCUCCUACUACUGUGAAGUGAUAUCAGUCACAUAAUCAAUUGCUAUCCAGUACAAAAUACUACAGUGAACAGGCUGGGAUAUUUGUGUUCAGAUUUUCACUAUAUAUCUUUUACUCUUUUUUUUUUUUUUUAACUAAUUCUAGUGACAAUGACAAUAAAUCUUUCUACUACAGGCACAAGGCCUAAAAUUUUGUGGUGAGAUAUCUGGUUGAUUAUAUUACCCCCACCCUAAAAGGAUGAAAGGUAAAUUAACCUCAGCAGAAUUUGGACUCAGAAUCAUAGGAAAUGCCACAAAACAUUCCAUCUAGCUUGCUAACGCUUCUGCCAGCUUGCUGCCUUAAUAAUAAUAAUAAUAAUAAUAAUGGUUUCAAAUUUUUGGCACAGGACCGGUAGUUUUUGAGGAA